UUUUGUCUCUCUCUCCAAGACUUUUCUUUCUCUCUCUAACAAAAUAUUCUUUGCUUAUAAAUAACACUCCUACUUUUCCUUCUCUCCCGUCUCUGUGUUCCAAUUUCCAAAUCCCCCAUUUGUGUUCUUAUUUUCAAGCUUUGAUUGCUUUUGCUUUUUAUGGCAAAACUCACAGCAGUGAUGAUGAUCAUGGUGGCUUUAGCCUUCAUUUGUAUCUCUGUUUCUGCAGAUCCUGACUUGCUUCAAGAUGUUUGCGUCGCCGAUUCUUCUUCUGGUGUGAAAGUCAAUGGGUUUGCAUGCAAGCCAACCUUCAACUCAUCAGACUUCUUCUUUGAUGGCCUAGCCAACCCAGGUCUCACCAACAACACAAUGGGUUCAAAGGUGACUCCAGCCAAUGUGGAAAAAAUCCCAGGGCUCAACACCCUUGGAGUGUCCCUCUCCCGAAUCGACUAUGCCCCCAAAGGCCUAAACCCACCGCACACCCACCCACGCGCCACUGAAGUAGUAUUCGUGCUCGAAGGCGAAUUGGAUGUGGGUUUUAUCACCACAGCUGGUGUACUAGUUUCCAAGUCCAUCAAAAAGGGUGACGUAUUUGUGUUUCCGAGAGGUUUGGUUCAUUUCCAGAAGAAUAAUGGUGAUGUUUCUGCAGCUGUCAUCGCCGCCUUCAAUAGUCAGUUGCCCGGGACCCAAUCCAUCGCCACCACAUUGUUCGCCUCCACACCGCCGGUGCCAGAUCAUGUGUUGACUAUGACCUUCCAAGUUGGUACCAAGGAGAUUGAGAAGAUCAAGUCAAGGCUUGCACCCAAGUAACUAUGGACACUUGAAUGUGUUUGGGGGCAUUGUUGUUUUCUUAAUUUGUUGUUCAUUGAUAAGGAUUCAUGGGUAAUUUAUUGGGUGGACAUUUGAAUUUCUUUUGUAUGUGAAUCCAUAUAAUGUUAUGGACCAAAAAACCAUUUGAUAUUAGUCUUGGACAACUAACUCAAUACACAUCUUGCUCCUGAACUACUAA